AUGGACUCAAAAGAAAUCUACGAACAAGUUCACAGGCGCUAUGGUUCAGUUACCAAGAGCACCACUGGUAAAUAUGAGCAAACUGUUGCAAAAGCGUUUGGUUAUACGGAAGAAGAACUCGCAGGGAUUCCGGAGGGUGCAAAUCUUGGCUUGAGCUGUGGUAAUCCCACUGCCCUGGCGAAGUUGAGAGAAGGAGAAACUGUGAUAGAUCUUGGUUCCGGCGCUGGAUUCGACGUUCUCGCAGCUGCUAAAAAGGUCGGUCUAAAGGGAAAAGCAAUCGGCGUGGACAUGAACAAGAACAUGAUAGACAAGGCAAAUGUCAACAAAGCAACCAUGAACAUCUCAAACGUCGAGUUUGUCCAAGGAACCAUCACAUCUGUACCACUGGCCGAUACUACAGCCGAUUGCAUCAUCAGUAACUGCGUCGUCAAUCUCGUUCCCGCUUCAGAGAAACAGCUGGUGUUCGACGAGAUGUUCAGACUUCUCAAGCCAGGGGGACGUCUUGCUGUCAGCGAUAUACUCGCCCGGAAAGAGUUUACCAACGAGAUCAGAAACAAUAUUGCUCUGUACGUCGGAUGUAUCUCUGGUGCUAGUCCUGUUGGUGACUAUGAAGUCUUUCUGAAGAACGCGGGAUUUGAAGAUGUUCUUAUCGUCGAUACUAAAAGUGAUCUCAAUGUCUAUUUCACUGAUCACGAUAAUGAGAGUUCUUGCUGUGGGAAUGAAGAGGCAGAAUCAUCUUGUAGAGUUGGUUCAUCUGCAUGCGGCCCUCAGAAACCAGCGACAGACUUUGGCAAUAGUGAGGAUAUUCUGGGUGAUCGUUUGGGGAUCACUGACUUGAAUGAGUGGGCGGGUUCGUUCCAGGUGUAUGCUGUCAAGCCUCUGUGA